UCACUUUUCAGCAUACAGAUUUUUCCACAGACAGCACUUGCUGUGAAAAUCCUCAGCACUGCAGGAGAAGCUGCAGUUCUCUUUUUUCACCUCUCCCCUGCUAGAGCGCCCAAGGUGGGUCAUCUCUUCUGCACCCCCCCAAAAAAUGGUGUGUUGGUGUGUCGAUGUGCGGAAUGAUGGGAGAAUUUUUGAUUAAGGAGAUCUAACACAGAGAGAAGAUGGAGGCCUGUAGAGGAGCCGGUAGUUCUGAGGGUAUUGAUAAUUUCCGUCAUCAGCUGUCUGCAUAUGAUGAUCCAUCACUGAGGAGGAUAUUUGAGUAUUACAGAGAUGAUCUGAUCCACAUCCUGAAGAACCUGAACCCUCAUGCUGUCCUGGUAGAACUAAAACCUCGGAAUGUCUUAAACACAGAGAAAUACCUGUCAAUGGAAACAGACCCGUCUUCCUUCUCUCACACCUUGUUACAAGAUAUUCAGGAUCUGGGAAGAGAAGCUGUGAUUGGACUCUGGGAAUGUCUCUAUGCACUGAAGAAAGAUCAUCCUCAUCCUAAUUUAUUGUCAGUUCUGGAUGAGAUCAUACAGACAGGUAAGGGUCUGGUGGAUCAGAUUCUGCUUGAUGAACUCGGACAUUCCCUGACUCCAGAGCUGAAAGAUAUUCAGGAGAAGCACAAACAACAUCUGAUGGAGAAGACUGAGACUCUAGUGGAGCAUAGCCCCCCAGGAACUACCCUGGAACCACAAAGUUUCCUCAUCAAUGAGCGUUAUGUGAACCUGAUUGUAAUAUCCACUGCUCAGUUCAGGCAUCAUCCACAGAAUGAGCUAAUACAGACUGGGGUAAAACAUGAGGAAUGCUUGAAGGAAACACAAACUGGACUGGAACGUAUUUCCCCCAACAGGCUCUUCCGAUGCAACCACCAGUCACAUUGUGUACCACAUGCAGUAUUGGUGAGCGGAGUGCCAGGAAUAGGGAAGACCACACUGAUGCAGAAGUUUGUCUAUGACUGGGUAACAGGAAAACACUACCAGAGAUUUGCCUUUGUCUUCUUCUUCAGAUUUCGGGACCUUAAUAGACUGGAAGAGGUCAGCUUGGAGGAGAUAAUUCUUCAUCAAUAUCCAUAUCUGGAGGGUCAGAUUGGAGAUAUUUUACAAGAUCCAGAGAGUCUUCUGUUCAUAUUUGAUGGAGUAGAUGAAAGUAUUCACCCAAUGGAUUUCAGAUCAAGUAAACUGUCCAAUCCAAAACAGAGAUCACGUUUUGGUGAGAUUGUGGUCAGUUUGGUGAGGCAGAGUCUUCUUAAGGGUUGCUCUGUACUGAUAACCAGCCGUCCAACCAGACUGGCAUCAGUUGGUACCAGUGUUUUCCAGAGAAUAGCUGAGAUCAUGGGAUUUCUCCAUGAAGACAGACUGAUCUUCUUUAAAAAAUUCUUUGGAAAUGAGGAAUUGUCAGAGAAGGCUUUUCAUUAUGUGCAGGAGAAUGACAUGCUGUACACUUUCUGUUAUAUCCCAUCUUACUGUUGGAUCAUCUGUACAGUGUUAUCAAUGUGCUUCAGAUCCCAACCAACAAUCACUGAUCAGCUGAUGACAUCACUACCCAAAACAGUGACACAACUCUUUGUGACUUUUGUCUCCAACAUUCUGACCAAUCACAACCAAAAUAAAGAUGGUGGUCACACUGACCGGGAGCUGCUGACAUCUAUUGGAUGGAUGGCAGAAUAUGGAGUCAUGAAUCACAUGAUUGUAUUUGAUGAGCGUCAUCUGGAGUCAUUCAAUGUUAGAAAUGAUAAGCAUCUCCUUUCAUCUUUCAUGAUGGAAUCUGGUCAGCCUCCUGAUGUGGAUUACACCUUCUUACAUCUCACUCUUCAGGAGUUUUUUGCUGCUUUAGUCCAUUUUAUUGACUAUAAUCCUGAUAGAUUACAGGAAAUACUUGAUGAGGCUGAAUCUUACAAAGACGGCCGUGCUGAAAUAUUCCUCCGUUUCCUCUGCGGUCUCUCCGACUCUUCUACUAGAUCCAUGUUAAAGUGUCAUGUGGGAGAAUUGUCUACACGGGCUUCCAGACAUGUCAUCACCUGGAUCCGGAAGAAAAUACCAGAACAAAGAUCUGACAAAUCCAUCAGAGGCAACAGGGAGCUUCUUAAUGCAUUCUACUAUCUCUAUGAGAGCAGAAAUAAGGCUCUGGUGUCACAAUGUAUUGAAUCUAACAAAGUUGACAUUUAUAAUGUCCCCCUCAGCCCUCUGGACUGCUCUAUGCUGUCUUUUAUCCUCCAAUCCUGCAGAGAGACAGAAGAAGUAAAUCUAAAUUCAUGUAAUAUUCAGAAUGAAGGAUUGAGGAAACUUAUACCGGCUCUACACACCAUCAAGAGUUUGAGAUUGUGGAGAACUUACCUAAGAGACAGUUGCUGCCCCCACCUUGCAUCUGGAAUAAGAAAUAACCAGACACUGAUGACACUGAUCCUGUCUGAGAACAAUCUGGAGGGUCCUCAUUUCAGCGAUCUGAUGGAAGCUCUGACAAUAAGCCAGAUAGAGGAAUUACAAUUGUCCUCUAAUCACCUGACAGACAGUUCCUGCCCCCACCUGGCAUCUGGAAUAAGAAAUAACCAGACACUGAGGAUUCUGAUCCUGUCUAAGAACAACCUGGAGGGUCCUCAUUUCAGGGAUCUGAUGGAAGCUCUGCCAACAAGCCAGAUAGAGGAAUUACAAUUGGAUGGUAAUCACCUGACAGACAGUUCCUGCCCCCAUCUGGCAUCUGGAAUAAGAAAUAACCAGACACUGAGGACACUCAUCCUGUCUGGGAACAAUCUGGGGGGUCCUCAUUUCAGUGAUCUGAUGGAAGCUCUGACAACAAGCUGUAUAGAGGAAUUACAAUUGUCUUAUAAUGACCUGACCGACAGUUCCUGCCCCCACCUGGCAUCUGGAAUAAGAAAUAAUCAGACACUGGGGACACUGAUGCUGGGUGGGAACAAUCUGGAGGGUCCUCAUUUCAGGGAUCUGAUGGAAGCUCUAACAACAAGCCAGAUAGAGGAAUUACAAUUGACAGAUACUCACCUGACAGACAGUUUCUGCCCCCACCUGGCAUCCGGAAUAAGAAAUAACCAGACACUGAGGUCAUUGGAUCUGUCCUUAAACAAUCUGGAGGGUCCUCAUUUCAGGGAUCUGAUGGAAGCUCUGACAACAAGCCAGAUAGAGGAACUACAAUUGUUCUAUACUCACCUGACAGACAGUUCCUGCCUCCACCUGGCAUCUGGAAUACGAAAUAACCAAACACUGAGGACACUGGACCUGUAUAAUAAUAAUCUGGAGGGUCCUCAUUUCAGGGAUCUGAUGAAAGCUCUGACAACAAGCCGGAUAGAGGAAUUACAAUUGAAGAAUAAUCACCUGACAGACAGUUCCUGCCCCCACCUGGCAUCUGGAAUAAGAAAUAACCAGACACUGAGGACACUGAACCUAUCUGGAAACACUCUGGAGGGUCCUCAUUUCAGGGAUCUGAUGGAAGCUCUGACAACAAGCCAGAUAGAGGAAUUACAGAUCAGGGACUUCUCCUUGUCAGAGGAAGCAAGAAGAGGACUAGAAAAUCUGAAAAAGCUCCGACCAGAACUGGAGAUUGUCCUAUAAAGACCCCAGGGGAAGAGACUCAGCUACAGCUGUUAAGGGGGGAGGGGGGGACAUUGCUCUGGAUGAGGAUGAGAUAAAGAUAUGAGCUAACCCGACCCAAGAUGAGAAUGGAUUAUCACAGAUGAACAAAUACACAGGACAGGAUGGGGAGGGAUUCAGUUUUGCAAUGAAGAAGAUGAGAAAGACCCCACAAAAAAAUUAACAUUUCAUAUAUAACCUGACUCAGGGGACACAGCCAGCAUUUAUCUGUCCCCAGCCUUAAUCCUACACAACCUCCCCCAUGUGUUGUAAUAUUAAUAUAUAUGUGUAUGUAUUUAAUAUAUAUGGUGUUAUAUGCAGGCAUUCUAGGACAAGUCCACUGUGCAGGCCACAUUGUUAUCUGUUAAUAAAAUUACACAUAUCAAAAGGGACUUGUUGAUGUUAAUAUGCAAGAAUACAAAUUAGGGAUGUAGGCAUUCCAGGACAAGUCCAUUUUACACAUAAAAAGGGUGUUAAAGGUUGUACAGGCCACAUUGGUAUCUGUUAAUUUAAUUGCAUAAAUCAAAGUGGACUUGUUGAUGUUAAUAUGCAAGAAUGCAAAUUAGGGCAGUUGAUGACUGCAGCUGUUCCCGGCUGGUGGUCAAUACCUGUCACUCUGAAAGACAGAGGGUAGAUCAAAGACCUAAUGGAGAUGGCCAAUCAAAUUGCUCAGCCAUUCAGUGUAUAGGGAAUAUAAUCUGGAGUUUAGUCUUGUCAUACUCCAUGAUUAUGAAGGGACAGAUCUAGGAUAAAUGGGACUCUGAGUUAUAUUUACUCUGUUGGAUUUUUGUCAUCUGUUGCAAGUAUUGGACUUUCUUCUGUGUUGGAAGACAAUAAAAGUGCAUCUCUCUGGAA